AUGCAAGAAGUGAUCAAGACAGAAGAGACGGUGAACUGGACUGCUCCGGAUCCUCUGGAGGGGACGAAAUUCUACUCCAUCCAGCUGGAGUGGGAUCGAAGCUUCGAAUACCGGAGCGUCAUCGCGGAGGUUCCCGUGGGAGAGGUCGACUACCAAAUCCCUGUGGACACCUAUCUUGGCACCUACCCUUACCUUUACGUCUUCACCAAGUCCUCGCUCUUUGAGCAGACGACCCCGGUGGGCUUGAAGGUGAGUGACACCUCACCGCAGAUCACCAACAUCGAGUUCUCAGAUCAGGCAGUUGUGGCAGGUAAGGAAACGAAGAUGCAUUUGCAGGACACAUCCAGUACUCGGCGGCUGGCGAGCGUGGGAGGUGGCACCAAUGCCAGCGACAUCUCGGGUGGCUGCUCCAAUGUCACGAACGGCUCCAAUUUGUCUGGUUGCGAACUUGAUGAAGACACGUCCACCUCAACAACUUCCAGUUCAACCUCAUCGACCACAACGGCCAUAACACAGACGUCUACGACAUCUUCCACACAGACGCAGACUGCGACCUCAACAACCUCCACCACCACAACAGGAUUCACCGCCUUGACACGGUCAGCUCGCGAGCACUCCUUCGUCGACCUGAACCUGUAUGCCACGGAGAAACUGCCGGCGCGCUGUGCUGCUCAGAUUUCGAUCGUCGGCACCAAUGCAGACCCCUACCUCCCAGACGCCAACAUCACACUGUCGAACCCUUUGCAGGCGGCCAAGAAGCCCCAGGAGGGACGCCUCGACGGGAGCGGCCAGUUCUGCAAUCUCGUCCUCAGAAAAACAACGUACAUUGAGUUCGACUUCGGCACUGACAUGCUGAUUGAAAGGAUAGAAACCAAGGGCCGUGAGACGAUCUUCCAGUGGGUCACCAAGUUCAGCUUGAGCUACACUCGCAACGGCUACACCUGGUUCGAUCUGCCGCAGGUGUACGAGGCCAACAACGACCGGACAACGCUCGUGGAGAACAUCAUCCUUCCACACUCCUUCCUGGCGAUGAAGCUAAGGCUGAACCAACUUGAGUACUUCUCAUUCCCAUGCAUGCGAGUCGACAUCUUUGGAUGCAAACGUGCGGACACGGUGGGCGUGGAAGAGAUCAACAUCCCGUUGGAGACAGACUUCACUCCAUAUGAUCACAUCCUUUUCUUCAUGGCGUCGUCUGACUACCUCUUGGUGUUUACGCAGUCCCCGACCACGGAGGGAAGCACGCCAACCUCCAUUUCUCUCGUUGACAAUGCUGUCAACGUCACGAAUGUCUCCUUUGUGGACUACGACUUGGAUGCGGAUCACAUUGCGGGAGUGACGCACUUCGUGCUCUACCUGGCACUCGAAGAUAGGCAAUCAGUAGCGAAGGAUUGCCUGGUGGAUGGUCGCUUCGAGCGGGCUCCGUAUCCUUUCAAUGUCUCUUACGAGGUCCUCGCAGAGCUGGACGCCCGGCGGCUUUCAUGGGAUGUUGCGGGUUUCUGGGUGGAGGAGAAAUGGGCUGAAGGUCCGGAUGUGUGCUUGACAAUAUAG